AAGUUUUUUUUCUUAUUUGUCCCCAAAAAUCUAGGGUUUUAAGGUUUCUUAUCCUUCCUCUUCCUCCGCCAGAUUCUUUUCUUGCGAAGAUGAGCAACGACAAGGACAACAUGAACAUGGCCGAUCUCACCGCCGCUCUCAACGAGGAGGAUCGUGCCGGGCUUGUUAAUGCUCUCAAGAACAAGUUGCAGAAUUUGGCUGGACAACACUCUGAUGUCCUUGAGAACUUGAGUCCGAUAGUCAGGAAGCGUGUCGAGGUUCUAAGAGAGAUUCAGAACCAAUAUGAUGAGAUGGAAUCAAAAUUCUUCGAAGAGAGGGCAGCUCUAGAAGCUAAAUAUCAAAAGCUAUACCAGCCUUUGUAUACCAAGCGUUAUGAGAUUGUGAACGGUGUGGUUGAAGUUGAAGGUGCAGCUGAAGAAGUAAAAUCAGAACAAGGUGAAGAUAAAACACCUGAAGAGAAAGGAGUGCCAGAUUUCUGGCUUAUUGCAUUGAAGAACAAUGAAAUUACAGCUGAGGAGAUAACUGAGCGAGAUGAAGGGGCUCUUAAGUAUCUUAAAGAUAUCAAGUGGAGUAGGGUUGAAGAACCUAAAGGGUUCAAGCUUGAGUUUUUCUUUGAUCAGAACCCUUACUUCAAGAACACUGUCUUGACCAAGACAUAUCACAUGAUUGAUGAAGAUGAGCCUAUCCUCGAGAAGGCCCUUGGGACUGAGAUUGAAUGGUAUCCUGGAAAGUGUUUGACACAGAAGAUUCUAAAAAAGAAGCCAAAGAAAGGAUCGAAAAACACAAAGCCAAUCACUAAGACUGAGGACUGUGAGAGUUUCUUCAACUUUUUCAGCCCACCUCAAGUUCCUGACGAUGAUGAGGAUCUUGAUGAUGACAUGGCUGACGAACUCCAAGGCCAAAUGGAACACGACUAUGAUAUCGGAUCAACCAUUAAAGAAAAAAUCAUAUCGCAUGCUGUGUCAUGGUUCACUGGUGAAGCUGUUGAGGCAGAUGACCUUGAUAUGGAGGAAGACGAUGAUGAGAUUGAUGAAGAUGAUGAUGAUGAAGAGGACGAGGAAGAUGAUGAGGAUGACGAGGAUGAUGAUGAAGAGGAUGAUGACGAGGAAGAAGAAGCAGAUCAAGGAAAGAAGAGCAGAAAGAAGUCAUCAGCUGGUCACAAGGCUGGAAGAAGUCAAGUUGCGGAAGGUCAAGCAGGUGAGAGGCCACCGGAAUGUAAGCAACAGUGAAGAAUCUGAAGAAAGGAGAGUGUGAGGUCUUUGAGCCGAGGUUGUGUUUCUUAAUUUGCAGAGUCAUGGUCCGGUUUAAUUAUAUAUCAAGUUUUGGGUGGUUGGUUUGUUGAAAAAAAAAAGAAAAAUUGGUUCUUUGGUUGGUUUUUGUGUCUUUGAUUUUUCAUUUGUAAUCUUCUUAUGAAUUUGUUUCUAAGUUAUAAUAUUUUGUCGUUCUGGUCAGAUUUUCGAUCUCAAUUCAAUUUAUUUUCGACAACGAAAUCA